GAAGAUUUUCAAGAACGACAUGUUGCUGGCCUUCAUCAGCAGCUCCUGCAUUGCGGUGUUGGUCUACCUCCUGGCAUCGUGUUCAGUCUUCCUGUCGUUUUUUGGCAUUGCUAGCAUUGGGAUCAGCUGCCUGGUGGCCCUUUUCCUGUACCACAUUGUCUUCGGAAUCCAGUACCUGGGCAUCUUGAAUGGAGUGGCGGCCUUUGUCAUCGUGGGCAUCGGGGUGGACGAUGUCUUUGUCUUCAUCAACACCUACCGGCAGGCCACCCACCUGAAAGACCUCAACCUCAGGAUGAUCUACACCAUCCAGACGGCUGGCAAGGCCACCUUCUUCACCUCCUUAACCACAGCUGCGGCGUAUGCCGCCAACAUCUUUUCCCAGAUCCCAGCUGUCCAUGACUUUGGUCUCUUCAUGUCCUUGAUCGUCUCCUGCUGUUGGGUUGGAGUCCUCUUCACCAUGCCAGCUGCCCUGGGGAUUUGGUCUCUCUACUGGUCCUCGCUGGAAAACACCUGCCAGGCCAGGUGCAGUAAAAAAUGCACAAAGGAAAGUGCUUUGCAAAGCUCGGACGGCCUGUUUGUCUCCUUGGCAGUGGCUGGCAGGUCAGGCCUGGGCACUCUGCCUUACCUGGAUGAUGACAUCCCCCUGCUGAAUGUGGAGGAGGAGCCAGUCGCUCUAGAAAUGGGGGAUGUCCCCCUGCUAUCUGUGUUGCCUGAAAACCACCAUCUCACUACCAACAACGACAGCCCAGGACACCUGAUCACUCACCUGCAGAAGCUCCUCCAGUGCUGGGCGCUGUGGUCGGCAGUCAAAAACAAGUGGGUGAUUGUUG